ACCGGUUCACCUCAAUGAAAGUGCAGUUUUGUGUUCAUCUUUCCGAUUCCAUCAAGAAAUUUUCUGAAUCUUUUUCUAUUAAUUUGAAUGUUAAUUUGAUUCAACUUAGUUUUAAUAAAUCUAGUUGAUAAAAUGAGUGCUGCUGCUGUUGCUCAACCAUCUAAUCCACCACAAUCUGACCAGAGGGAAAGGAUCAUAACAGAAUAUAGGAAGAAAAUCCAGGAACAUCAAGAAUAUGAGGCUCGGCUCAAACAAGUCCGAGAAGAGCUCAAAGAGGUCAAUAAACAGUUUCAAAAAAGUGAAGCUGAUUUGAAAGCUUUACAAAGUGUCGGACAAAUUGUUGGUGAAGUCCUCAAACAAUUGACUGAUGACAAUUUCAUUGUUAAAGCCACCAAUGGGCCCAGAUAUGUUGUUGGCUGUAGGCGUCAGCUUGACAAAACUAAACUCAAAUCUGGUACCAGAGUAGCUCUUGAUAUGACAACUCUGACCAUUAUGAGAUAUCUGCCUCGCGAAGUUGAUCCUCUAGUAUACAAUAUGUCACAUGAAAGUCCUGGUGAUGUCAAUUAUGCAAGCAUUGGUGGAUUAGCUGAACAAAUCAGAGAGCUAAGAGAAGUUAUCGAAUUACCUUUAUUGAGUCCGGAACUUUUUGAAAGAGUGGGUAUCACACCUCCUAAAGGUUGUCUUCUCUAUGGUCCUCCUGGUACUGGUAAAACUCUUUUGGCUCGAGCUGUAGCUUCACAAAUCGAAGCGAAUUUCCUCAAAGUGGUGUCAUCUGCAAUUGUUGAUAAAUACAUUGGGGAAAGUGCUAGACUUAUUCGGGAAAUGUUCAACUAUUCUAGAGAUCACCAACCUUGUGUAAUUUUCAUGGAUGAAAUUGAUGCUAUUGGAGGUAGAAGAUUUAGUGAAGGUACCUCAGCUGACAGAGAAAUUCAAAGAACUUUAAUGGAACUAUUAAACCAAAUGGAUGGUUUUGAUGCCUUAGGUCAAGUUAAAAUCAUCAUGGCCACUAAUCGGCCUGAUACUUUAGAUCCUGCUCUUCUUCGUCCCGGUCGUUUGGAUCGUAAAAUUGAAAUACCUCUUCCAAAUGAACAAGGUCGAUUGGAAAUUAUGAAAAUUCAUGCUCGUCCAAUUGCUAAACAUGGUGAAAUUGAUUGGGAAGCUAUUGUAAAAAUGUCAGAUGGUUUUAACGGUGCUGACUUGAGAAAUAUUUGUACCGAAGCUGGUCUCUUCGCAAUCAGAGCCGAAAGAGAAUAUGUCAUCGAAGAAGAUUUCUUGAAAGCAGUCCGUAAAAUAUCAGAUAAUAAGAAACUUGAAACAAAAUUGGAUUAUAAGCCUGUCUAAUGAGUAUAAACCUUUUUUAUGUACUAACAAAAAAUUUAAAAAGUAAUAGUAAACUUUUUGCUAAAAAAU